AUGGAGACAGCAGCCCAAGAAGGGCCCAGCAAAGCCCUGGCUCAGGAGGAACACUGGGAAAGAGGUCUUCCACUCCAUGACUGGACCCAGAGAACUGUGACAAUAGGAGUUUGCAGUCCCCCCGGUGCCUCCUCCUCCUUCUUACAACCAGCUUCAUUUUUGUGCUCUGCUUUCCCGGCACUGCCACUGUCCAUGACCUUCACAGGAAUAAAGUUUUCAGAGGGCUGCCCCAUAUGGCCUCUCAUUCUUCUGUAUUUGCUAGUAGAUGGAAUCAUCAGGGCCUUAAAAAUAAAGCACAAUUAUCUGUUGUUUGCAUCUCCCCUACUGUAUGACUCUGGCAGGAUGCUGCAGCUCCUGUCCAAGGCCACAGUGAUGGAUGGUGACGACAAUGACCACAAUGAAAAUCCUUGGAGGCAGAACAUGCACAAAUAUUACACCCACCUCAGCCUAGGCCUUGACCUCUACCUCUGGUUCGUCCUGGGGAAUUACUUGGUCUUUUCUGUUUACCUGCCUGAUUUUGUUGCUCCUCUCCAGCAGCCUCGUUACUGUGACAAAACCCUGUACCUCUUUGUGGUGGGGGGUCUUCACGUCGGCCACAUCGUGCUAGUCUUACUUGUCCUGUGCAGCGGGUGUGUCUAUACGUGGUCCUGGUGGAGGUAUGAAGGUCUUGGCUACACCCUCUGCUGGGCAAAGGCGGGAAAGCUCUCAUUCUGCCCUAUCCCUCCAGGCACUUUCUGGUUCCGUUUUCACUUGAGCCAUGAACCAUCAGAAUGUGUGCAACUUGUGGAUCUUGCCCUCAUCUGUGACGCCAAGGCCAUUCUCACUGUGCCCCAUGUCUCCCUCCUGCUCCGUGGUGGGGUGAGGGAGAGUCUGCAGGCUCUGACCCUGGUCUGGUGA